UUUUGGCAGUAUAUUGGGGGACUCUGUUUGUUUGGUUGCUUCUGUGAAUCAGUGGAACACCACACUGAUUUUGAUCCUAUUUGCUUGCUUUUGUGUGGGUUGGUUUGAGAGAUAAAUAAAAAGAGAAAAAAAAAAGAUAAAAUGAUGAAGAAAUGGAAUCACUCUUAUUGAAAGAGUGCAGCAAACUAAAACCCAAAUUAACACACCUUCACAUGAAAGAAUUUGUGGGGAUCAGUUAUUGCUAAUAUUUUUGGAUAGCAAAGUACUCAGAGAGGAGAAAUUUUUUAAAAGAAAUAUUUAUUGGGUUUCUAGAUCUCAGAAAAUUCAGAGUUUUUUUUCUUGUUUCUCUAAAAAGUUUUAUGCUCAUCCUCUUUGUUGUGUUUUGUUUCAUCCUUCUUCAAGUGGGUUCUGAUUUUGAAUCACUUUCUGACCAAAAACACUGCUUCUUUUGCAAGAAUUGCUUGAAAUAGUGAGUUUUUACUAUCUAGGCAAUUCUCAUUGAGCAGCAUAUUUGUAAAGAUCCUGUCUUUUUUGCUUCUUAUGCAAACAAUUUCUUGAAAUAGUGAGUUUUAACCAUCUGGGCAAUUUUUAUUUACCAGUAAAUUAGAAAAAUCCUACUUUUUUGGGUCUUAUACAGAGUGGAGGUUGAGAAAGUCAUUGUAAUGAUAGUUGAGUUUCUGGGAUUCCCAAUUUGAGGUCACUUUGUAGGGAAAAAAAAACACAAAAGUGGCUUUGGAUAAGGCAAUAUGUCGAAAAUCCAGUUUUUCAGGAAAAUGAAUUGAAAUUUUGAGGAAAAAUGAGAUCUUUUUUUUUUUGGGUUAUAUUUUUAAGUGGGUUUUGCUCAUUUGAAGCUGUAAAUUAACUGCAUGAAUUACCAUGAAGAUUGAGAGAAAAAGAAUGCAGAUUAUCACAUUAGGAUUGUUUUUCCUGAUUUCUUUGGGGGCUGUUUGUGCAACUUUAUCACCUACUGGUGUAAACUAUGAAGUUGUUGCCUUGAUGACCAUAAAAAAUGGACUGAAGGAUCCUUAUAAUGUUCUUGAGAAUUGGGACAUCAAUGCUGUAGAUCCUUGCAGCUGGAGAAUGAUUACUUGCUCUACAGAUGGCUAUGUUUCUUCCCUGGGCCUUCCUAGUCAAAGUUUAUCUGGGAUGUUAUCUCCUGCUAUUCGGAACCUCACUAAAUUGGAAUCUGUGUUGCUACAAAACAAUGCAAUAUCUGGUUCCAUUCCUCCUGAGCUUGGAAAGUUGGAGAUGCUUCAGACCUUGGAUCUUUCAAAUAAUUCUUUCACUGGGACGAUACCCAGCUCUUUAGGAGAUUUGAAAAUUUUAAAUUACUUGCGGCUAAACAACAACAGCCUUACCGGACCUUGCCCUGAAUCUCUCUCAAAAAUUGAAAGUCUGACUCUUGUGGAUCUUUCAUUCAACAAUUUAAGUGGCUCCUUGCCUAAAAUAUCCACCCGGACCUUCAAGAUUAUCGGCAACCCUUUGAUAUGUGGAACAAGCUCGAGUACUAACUGCUCUGUGGUAUCUCCUGAGCCCCUGUCCUUUCCGCCAGAUACUCUUAGAGCUCAAUCAAAAUCUGGCAGGAAGAAUCAUCGUGCUGCUGUAGCAAUCGGUGUUGGCUGUAGUGCUUCUCUUUUGACUCUAGCUGUCAUUAUGCUCGGCGUUUGGUGGUGUUAUGGCCGUAGGAGACAGAUUUUCUUUGAUGUUAAUGAACAAUAUGAUCCUGAGAUCUGUCUUGGCCAUUUGAAGAGAUAUAGUUUCAAAGAGUUGCGUUCUGCAACUGGUCAUUUUAGCACGAAAAACAUACUAGGAAGAGGAGGAUUCGGCAUAGUAUACAAGGGCAUCCUAAGUGAUGGAACAAUAGUCGCGGUGAAAAGAUUGAAGGACUAUAACAUUACUGCCGGGGAAAUCCAGUUUCAGACGGAAGUUGAAACUAUUAGUCUAGCUGUUCAUCGGAAUCUUCUUCGGCUUUGUGGGUUCUGUUCCACUGAAAAUGAACGGCUUCUUGUCUACCCUUAUAUGUCGAAUGGUAGCGUAGCAUCUCGGUUAAAAGAUCACAAUCAUGGUAGACCUGUCUUAGACUGGUCAAGACGAAGGAGGAUUGCGUUAGGAACAGCAAGGGGACUGCUGUAUCUACAUGAGCAGUGUGACCCUAAAAUAAUCCAUCGUGAUGUCAAGGCAGCGAACAUCCUGCUUGAUGAAGACUUUGAGGCUGUUGUUGGUGAUUUUGGGCUAGCAAAGCUGUUGGAUCACCGUGAUUCCCAUGUUACAACGGCUGUUCGUGGCACUGUUGGGCAUAUUGCUCCGGAAUAUCUGUGCACAGGCCAGUCUUCUGAGAAAACUGAUGUCUUUGGGUACGGAAUCUUGCUUCUUGAGCUGAUCACUGGAGAGAAGGCCUUGGAUUUUGGCCGAGCAUCUAACCAGAAAGGAGUCAUGCUUGAUUGGGUAAAGAAGCUGCACAACGAGGGGAAGCUCAACCAGUUAGUAGAUAAAGACUUGAAGAACAACUACGACAGGAUGGAAUUAGCCGAAAUGGCACAGGUAGCGCUAUUAUGUACUCAAUUCAAUCCCUCUCAUCGUCCAAAAAUGUCAGAAGUUCUACGAAUGUUGGAAGGUGAUGGGUUGGCCGACAAAUGGGAGGCUUCACAAAGAAACGAGACCCCGAGAUCGAGGUCUAGUGAACCACAACGUUACUCCGAUUACAUAGAAGAAUCUUCACUUGUGGUUGAAGCUAUGGAACUUUCAGGCCCGAGAUGAUACACCUUAGUUUUGCUCGAGGAUUUAUGGCGCCUGUGUUUAUGGUGACAUUCACUAACUCUCAAUCUCAAUAAUCAGAGGUACUCUAAUAUUCGCGGGAACUAGAUUGUCCGGUCCUAUAGUGAUGAAAAUCCCGACUUUAAGGCCUUUGGUUUGGGUAGUUAGCUUCUCGACCUCACUUUCUUCCACUUGAGUUGCAAGGAUUUUCGGUGAGGAAGAAACAUAGCAUUUGAUUGAUGUCAAUAGAGUGUAAUUCAAUCUGUAAAAAGGAAUAUAUGAAGGAAUGUAUAAGAAUUAGAAUUAGGUGGGUUGUAUCUUUUUUUAGCUUAUGCAAAGAAGUUUUGAGCCUUUGAGGUUUUAAUUUUGGAGCAUGACUCCGAAAGUGUUAAGAGGUUGAGAAAUGUAAUUACUCCUGUAUAAGAUGUAUUCCAUGCAAAAGUUCGAUGUAUGUUUGCUCGUUUGGCUGUCGACAAAAAAUGAUGGAAAUUAUAAUGAAAAGUUAAUGUAAUUUUGGUUGAGAAAUCUCUUGAUAAUGACAUGGUACAUUCCUUAAAAAUCUAUGUUACUGAUCAUUCUCAUUA